AUGGCCGAACUCCGGCCAACGCUCCACCAUCUGAAUGACUCACAAUCGCAACGAAUCCUAUGGCUGCUCGAAGAGCUCGAAAUCCCCUAUAACCUCCAGCUUCACACACGCGUUAAGGGAAGGGCUCCUCCCGAGAUGAAAAAAACGCACCCCCUGGGCAAGGCACCACAAUUGGAGACGGGCGACGGGAGAGUCAUCGUGGAGUCGCUCGUGAUCGCGAAGUAUCUGAUUGAGACAUAUGACAAGACGGGCAAGUUCAAGGGCGACGGCGUCAAGAACGACUGGAUACGCGAUGACCAGUUGAGUAAUCUGGCUGCCGCCAGCAUCGGGCCUCCGAUGAUCUUGGAAGUCAUCAUGACGGUCGCGGUCAGGUUGACGCCAUUUUUCGUCCGCCCAUUGGUGUCCGUGGUCCACAAACAACUGCGCGGGGGCUAUUCUGGGCCCGAACUGGACGCCUUCUUCAAGUACUUGGACGAUCAACUGGGUGACCAGGACUAUUUCAUGGGCACCACGCCCGGUCGCGCAGACUUCAUCCUCUCGUUCCCCGUCGACACGUGCACGGCAGCUGGCUUCAUUGACAUCAAGAAAUACCCGAAGGUGGAGAAAUGGCACGCUCGAUGCCGUGAACGGCCAGCGUGGAAGAGGUGCAUCGAGAAAGGCAAUGGGUACGAUCUCACCUUUAAAGACUAG